CAUCCUCCUGCCGUCCUCAUUCUCUCCGGGUCUUCCCUGUGUGCGCAGUGGUUGGGCCCAUCCUGCGUUCCUUCCGCCGGCGCCUAGAUGCCUGUGCGCGUGCACAGCCAGAUGUGUACGGGCGGCCCACGCGCCUGAGGGCUGCCAGGCACAAUGAAAGUUCUCUUAUUGAAAGAUGCCAAGGAUGAUGACAGUGGCCAGGACCCAUAUAUCCAGGAGCUGGGAUUGUAUGGACUGGAAGCUACACUAAUUCCUGUUCUGUCAUUUGAGUUUUUGUCUCUUCCCAGUUUGUCAGAAAAGCUGUCUCAUCCCGAAGGCUUUGGAGGACUCAUUUUCACCAGUCCCAGGGCAGUGGAAGCAGUGAAGCUGAGUUUGGAGCAGGACAAUAAAACUGAAGAAUGGGAAAAGUCUCUGAAAAACAAAUGGAAUGCCAAGUCUGUGUAUGUGGUUGGAAAUGCCACUGCUUGUCUAGUGAAUAAAAUCGGCCUGGAUGCAGAAGGAGCACACAGUGGAAAUGCAGAAAAGCUUGCUGAAUAUAUUUGCUCCAGGCCAUCUUCAGCACUGCCUCUUCUCUUUCCCUGUGGAACUAUCAAAGGAGAUACUCUUCCAAAAAUGCUCAAGGACAAAGGGAUCCCCAUGGAAAGCAUGCAUGUCUAUCAGACGGUUCCACACCCUGGAAUCCAAGGGAACCUGGAGAGCUUCUAUGAGAAUCAGGGUAUCCCAGCCAGCAUCACAUUUUUCAGUCCCUCGGGUCUUAAAUAUAGCCUGGAGUAUAUUCAGGUGUUAUCUGGUGACAGCUUUGAUCAAAUUAAGGGACUGUAAAUGAUACAACUCUGUGGCACCUGCAACAGAAGUGCCCUUGACCAGACUUCACAGGGACUAAGGAAAAGGUACAAAGUAUGGCCUAGAACCCAGGGACAGUAGGCCCCAUCCCCAUACUCCAGAGCUCACUUCAGUCAGGUGACUCCAACACAUUGGCUUAUCACAGAUGUAUCUCACAGGUGUGUCCCACCUGGAUACCAGACUGUUUCCUCAGUUUCAAGGUGGAAUUGUUAGGUGCAGAGCCUCUGUGCCCUGCCCUAGGUCACACAGCUGAAAAGGAAGGAUCCAUGGUUGGAACUCAGAAAGGUGCAUGCCAGAGUGGGGGCUGUGGUGAUAUAUAGCCAUGGUCUAGCAGUUGCCAGGCAGUGGUUGUUGAAGUUCUUGCAGCUUAUGCUACUCUGGUUAUGGGGAUCCAGCAGGAUGGAGGUGACUGUCCUUCUUUCAAGGGAAACUGAGCAUAGAGGUUCAACACCUUGCUAGCAUCAUAUAGUGCAUUACUAGAAGGCCAGCUUUUAUGAGGAUUGCUAUGGGAGGAAGCUGGCACCUGAGUUCUGCAGCCGGAUUAAAGAGGAAGGUCCAUGGGUACUCAGCAUGGUCACUGGCUGAGUGAGCACUUGGGCAUGGGGGAAGGGUUAGCAGCAGUGCCAGUGCUGCUCAUGUGUGUCUCUGUGGACCUGGUGGAUGAGUCAUCAGGUAACUGUGAAGUGCCUGGGCAGCUAUGAUGGAAACAUGUCUAAAACUCACCUGGGCUGACCAUACUGGUCCACUCCAAUAAGAACCUGUACCACUAUAACUUUACUCUGUCUGUAU